GAAAGCUUGGGGAUAUAAUUAUGGAGAUUAUUGUCAAAAUUACGCCCUUACCAAAAAAGAUUCGAUUGCAACAAACGGACUAUAAUUGAUUGAAUUCGAGCCGUCAUUAUUUUGCAAUAUCAAAGGCAAAACUUUUGUGCUUUGUCGUGAGUUACGGAUAAAUGUGCUAUUGAUAAACUUUGAGAACAUCUCUUAGCAACAAUGAACAUAGUUACAGCUUACAUGAUGUGAUAGCAUGAAAAGUCUUUCACAAACACAACGACUAUUUACAGUAGAACUACUAAUCUUUACGUUCACUGGCAUUAUGCUUGUAAUUAUUUCGUAUUGAAUGAAUUCCUGGUAUCAUCAAUAUUCGGAUACCCGCUCAUCACCAGCAAACAUUGUCAAAUUUCCACGAAAAUAACGCGCAUGUUUCAUGAUAUAUGAUAACUAAAAAAUGAAGUGGGUGCCAUAAACUAAUGCACUCUCCAUGCACUAUAGAGGCAGCAAUAUCUUCAGCUACUGUCAAAGUUAUUUAUAGAGUGAGUUUGAAAAAGGGAAUUUUAUGUAAGAAAAAUGGCAACGGAGGUAACUCAGACAUCUGGAAGGAAAAAAGGUUUAAUUAAGGUUGGUAUCGUCAUUUUAAUUGGCUUAAUAUUAGGAGGAGGGAGUGCUCUUGUUGUAUUCUUACUUAAAAAUGGAGAUGCAUCCAAAAGUGCUCCUUAUCCAUUGAUACUAAUAUCAGCUGACGGAAUGCGGCCUGAUUAUUUGACAUUUAAUGGAACGAAGAACAUCACACAGUUCGGUGAGUUUCUUAAAAUUUGGAUUACAGCAAAAAAGAAUGGAUUAAAGAGCGCUUCAUUUUAUUGGACAGGUUCUGAAGCAGAAGAGAAGUGCGGUGUUGCAGUUGCGACAGACUAUCUGCGAUAUCUUAAUGAUCCUUCAUUUGAUUUUAUUGAAUGCACGCAGCACGUUACUGCCGCUUGA